AGUGACCAGCAAGGCUAUGCACAGUCGUUUUCAAUAGUGUAUACUAUUAUAACUCUUAUCAUCAAGCCAAAAUGCGCACCCUUCUGAACCAGCCGAUUGCCAGCCGCGCGUUCGCGCCGGCCCGUGCCUUUGGUCGCCGCUCGAUGGUUGUUAAGGCUUCAGCAGAGACUUCGGCUCCCCAGGCCCCGGUGCCGGCCGAGUCGCAGGAGCUGCGCAACGCCGGCCCCGAGCCCAAGCGCUUCACCGUGGCCGACGGCCAGCUGGCCGAGGUGGCCACCGCCUCCGUAUCCGCGCUGCUGCGCCUGGGCAGCGGCGGCCUGGUGCUGGGGUACAACGUGUCCCUGACCGACGACGACGGCAAGUACGCCGUCACUCGUGUGGGCGGACGCAAGGUGCAGGAGGCCAGCGCCGAGGUGACGGGGCUGAAGCGGCCCGCUGUUCCGCUGGAGCUGUACGAGUUCGAAGGAUGCCCCUUUUGCAAGAAGGUGCGUGAGGCCAUCUGCACUCUGGACCUGGACGUGAUGGUGUACCCCUGCCCCAAGGACGGCCCCACCUGGCGCGAGAAGGCCAUCUCGCUGGGCGGCAAGAAGCAGUUCCCCUACCUGGUGGACCCCAACACGGGCGCGGCCAUGUACGAGAGCGACGACAUCAUCGCGUACCUGUUCAAGGAGUACGGCAACGGGUCCGAGGUGCCUCUGGCGCUGCGGCUGGGCGCCCUCACCACCAUCACCUGCGCGCUGGGCACCGCCGCCAGGCCCGGCCGCGGCAACUACUACCGCAAGAGCCGCCAGCCCGCCCAGCCCCUGGUGUUCUGGGGCUACGAGAUGAGCCCCUUUGUCAAGCUGGCCCGUGAGACCCUGGCCGAGCUGGAGCUGCCGUACCUGUACCGCACCGUGGCCCGCGGCAGCCCCAAGCGCCAGGAGCUGCUGGACAAGCGCGGCACGUUCCAGGUGCCGUACCUGGAGGACCCCAACGAGGGCGUGUACCUGUUUGAGAGCUCCGCCAUUGUGGACUACCUGAACAAGACCUACGGCAUCAAGGCGUGAACGGCCGCGGGCGCGAGCAUUGACGGGAGUGUUGAGUUGCAUACUGAAGAGUUUAUAGAGUUCUGGUGAGCCACGUACUGGUGAGAGGUGAUGCCGCCGAGGCAGGUGGCGGUUAGCUAGGUACAGUGAAGUUAGGCAGCAGGGAGCGUUCAGCGUGCACCUUCAGCGCACGCAUGGAAGCCAAGGCGCAUGCAGCAGGCAGGUGCAGCAGCAGUGCUGUUUAGGACGCAGUUUUGACGAGAGCGAGCAGUGACUCUGGCGCAGCAGACGGGUCCAGUCAUGCAAUUUUUGAACCAUGGGGUGCAACCCGCGUAUUGAUUUGUGUUGAGCGAUGGUGACAUGAGUAGCGGUCAAGCCGUGAAAUGCCGGGUUAGGCUUGUAAGGAAGGAAGUGCGGCGGAGGAGGAUCCGGCACCGGUGCAUGCUUGGCAGGUGUGGGAGGCCAGGCUGAAAUGGCAAACUGCGUGCGAGCGCGCAAGUAAAAGAUUGGGUUCA